UUUUUUUUUUUACUGUUGAAUGAUAUAUCAUUAUACUAAUUCUUUUUUUAAAAAAUUAUUCAAUUAAAAACUAAACUCAUAUUAUUAUGGAUCCACAAAGAGAAACAACAAGAGAUACAGCAAGUCGACAUUCUGAAGAAGAAAAGAAUAUGACAACUACUACCGAAUAUUAUACUACAGAACAAAAUGAUUCAGUAGAAAAACAUCAUUUGGAUACUUCAAGGGAAUUGACAAAAGCAGACAUUGUAGAAUAUAACUACGAUGUCAACAAAUCUGAUGAUGAUGAUGAUGAAAAUAGACCUAGUUGGUUUAGCAAGAUAUAUCAAAAGUAUCGAAAAGUCUUUUUGUUGGUGAUGUGGUUGAUUUUCACAGGCUUUAUUGCUGCAGCUUAUGCAUUACAAGUUCCCAAAGGUUAUAAUCAAGAAAAUCUCAUUCUUGGUUUGAUAUAUGCUUGGCAUUCUCUAUAUGUUUUCUUCUGUUUUGUUCCUACUACUGUGGUGACAAAACCAUGGUCUAUCUUGGUUCGUACUGCUUAUGCUCCUAUUAAAGGUUUUAGUAGUCAAACUAGAUCAUUGAUGUAUGUAUCUCUAGUCUUGGUUGUCAUCGUUGUUACUGUAUUCUCUUUACCUGAAACUUCUCAAUCUACUCGUGUUCAGCGUUUGAUUGCCUUUGUUGGUAUGAUUCUCUUUAUUUUGGGUACUUUUGCUUCAUCAACGAAUCAUCGUGCCGUCAACUGGAAUACAAUUAGUGGUGCUCUUUUAUUACAAUUCUUAUUGGCCUUAUUUGUCUUUCGAUCAUCUGCUGGUCAUGAUAUCUUUACUUGGCUUAGUAACUUUGCGAAAGGUUACUUAGGAAAGGCUGCUGAAGGUGCUGCUUUCUUGACUAGCGAAGACAUCGUAAACAAAGGUUUCUUUGCUAUCAGCGUUUUCCCUGCUGUUAUCUUCUUUGCUGCUACUGUCCAAAUUCUUUAUUAUCUUGGUGCUUUACAAUGGAUUCUCAAAAAAAGUGCCACUGUCUUUGUAGCUUUGUUGGACAUCUCUGGUUGUGAAGCUGUCGUCGCUGUGGCAUCACCAUUCUUGGGUCAAUCUGAAAAUGUCUUGUUGAUCAAACCUUUCUUGGCUCAUUUGACUGAUGCUGAAAUUCAUCAAGUCAUGACUUCUGGUUUUGCUACCAUCUCUGGUUCUGUUCUUUAUGGUUACUUUGCUAUGGGUGUCGAUGGAACUGCUCUUAUUUCCUCUUGUGUUAUGUCUAUUCCUUGUAGUAUUGCUAUCUCCAAGCUUCGAUACCCGGAAACUCAAGAAUCUAUUACCAAAGGAACUGUCCGAGUACCCAAAUCUGAAGAAAAGUUAGAAGGUAUUGUCCACGCUGCUGGUGUUGGUGCUGCUACUGGUGUACAAAUUGUCCUAUUGAUUGCUGCUAAUUUGAUUGCUCUCUUGGCUCUUCUUUAUGCUGUGAACGCUGGUUUAACCUGGAUUGGCAACUUUAUCACUAUUCAACAACUCACUUUACAAUUGAUCACUGGUUAUAUUCUUGUUCCUGUCGCUUGGUUGAUUGGGGCUGAUAACAAGGAUUUGGUCAAUGUGGGUGGUUUGAUUGCUACGAAGAUUUGGGCUAAUGAAUUCGUUGCUUAUCAAGAAAUGAUGGCAUUGGUCAAGCAAGGUGUUCUUACUCCUCGUACUAUCUCCGUUACUACUUAUGCUCUUUGUGGUUUUUCCAAUCUUGGUAGUAUUGGUAUGCAAGUCGGUGUUCUUACCGCUUUGGCUCCUAAUCGUGCAAAGACAAUUGCUACUGUUGCUGUAUCUGCUAUGAUUUGCGGUGCUAUCUCUACCUUUGUUAGUGCUUCUAUUGCUGGUAUGCUCUUCUAGUGAUUGUUUAGUUUACCCAUGUUAUGGAUACUUGUUUGGGUGUUCUUUUUUUAUUUUUUUUUUAUUAUAUAUAUAUCAUGAUGUAUUUUAGUAUUUAGUUUUUUUCUUAGUAUUUAGUAUCUAAUUUCAAUAAAUUUUAUUUUGAGGAUGCAUUGAAUGAUUUCUCGGCAUUUUAAGAAAAGAGAAUCUGAUGAUCUUUCAACUUUUUUUUUCCUCCGC